AUGGCCCUACGUAAAAAAAGUAUAAAGAGGCACACGUGGCGGGGGCGGCGGGACGGGGGGUUGUUCGUGCGCGGGCUGGAUGAAGGGCCGCAGGGCCAGGCGGGAGUGAUUAAGCAGUCGGAAGUUGAAAAACAACAAAAUAAAAAGGGGAAGAUAAAAGUGUGUAGGUAUCAGGAUUAUGCUGUACGGAUGUGUGUAAUGGGCGGCUGCUACCUGGGACGUCGAGAUACUGGUAGUAUGCCCUUUGUGCUACUCUACGCCACUGAGUUUAAAGAUUGUUAUUUCCCCCUCUCUGGGUACUGCUCCACCGGUGCUCCGUUGCUGCGUCAUUCGUUCCUUUGUGGCCGCUUCGACACCACGAGUCUCUGCAUCCAGCAAAUUAUUUUUUCACUGUGUUGCAUCAGAACAUUCUGUUCAUCUGCACAGGCACAACAAUGCCAUCCGACGAUCGCCGUACCUCCUCGGACGCUUCGUCAGAGUCCUCGGCGCGCCUUUCGCGCCGGGAGCUGGCACGGCGAUUACGAACGUUGGAAGACCGUUGCAAGCGGAGGCGAAAACAUCGUCAUCGCGACCGCUCCCGGUCCCACGAUAAGACACGCUGUCGUCGUCAUAGCAGCCCAGCAGACCUACGAGAACGCGCAAAAACUCGGCGUUCUCGUCGGUCCACCAGCCGCUCCAGAUCACGCAGCCCACACAGGUGCGAGCGUCGAUCACACCAGCGCCAGCGAGAUAACAGGCUUCGAACAUUCGAGCGACAAAACAGCGGACUCAGCGUCUCGCGCGGAGCCAGGACCGGACCCCACGUCUCGUGGGGAGACAGAACCGGACUCGCCUAUUUUAGCGAUCCAAGACCCGGCUCUGGAGGAGGAGAUCUUGACCAUUCUCGGCGCCGAUCCUUCCGCAACCCAAAUCACCGAGUUUGCCUUACACACGGCUCUCGCGAGUCGUUGGACUCACUAUAUAGCCAACGGCUUAGAUAGCUCAGAAAAAUUGGCUCUAAAAAAUAAAUACUCACUGCCAAAAAAUUGCCCCAACUUACAGGCGCCAAUUUUAAAUUCUGAACUGGUGCCAGCGUUACCCGUUGUGGUAGUCAAGAAAGACAACCACGCACUUUCAGCUCAGCAACAAGUGGGCCUUGCGCUGGCACCUUUGGGUCAAGCUCUCAAUAUAUUAUUGACUGCCACCCCCUCACAGCCAGAGCUUCUGUCAUUGGUAUCCGACGCAACAAAAAUUUUGACAGACUCCCUUUACCAUAUGUCAAAAUCCCGGCGGCACACAGUCUUGCCCCAUCUCAAUAAGUCAGCAAAGGAAACAUUGCUAACAAGCCAGACAGAUACCUACCUCUUUGGAGAGGCCCUUGCAGAGCGCCUAAAGACUGCCAAAGCCCUCCAAAAGUCAGGCUACGACUUGAAGGCCCCGCCUCCUGCCCCUCCCACGAGGACUCCCAGGAAAAAAGACGCCGGGGUAUUUAAACCGGACAGGCCCGACUCGCCGUCAGGGGGAGACGAGAUCAUACCGAGGGCAACCCCCGGCAUCCAGCCACACGAAAUACCAGCGCAAUCAACCCCGUUAACUAAGGUAAAACACCCUUAUGCCGGCCAAUUACGUCACUAUGUCUCAGUCUGGUCAAAUAUCACCACAAAUCAAAACAUCUUAAGCUGGAUUAAGGGCUACAAAAUCCCAUUCAAAUCCACUCCAUAUCAAGUAGUACCGCCUACGCGAAAGCUACCGCGCACCCAAACUACAGCUUUGUCCGAGGUCGUAUCCCAAUUAUUAAACACCGGGGCGAUCGAGAUAGCAACACCGGCCAAAGGUCAAUUCUUGUCCCCAUAUUUUCUUCGCCAAAAAUCGAAUCUGUCCUACAGGUUCAUCUUAAAUUUAAAACGCUUAAACCAAUUCAUUUUGACACCUCACUUCAAAAUGGAUGAUUAUCGUACCGUCACACGACUUUUACAGCCUAACAUGUAUGUGACGUCAAUUGAUCUUACCGAUGCGUACUUAUUCGUUCCAAUUCACCCAAGUCAUCGGAAAUAUUUGCGAUUUGAAUUUGAAAACAACCUGUACGAAUUUACAGCGCUGCCUUUCGGGUUAGCGAUAGCUCCGUAUGUGUUUAGCAAAAUUACGAGGUGUGUUUCCACUUAUUUACAUUCUCAAGGCAUUUUAUGCGUAAACUAUUUAGACGAUUUUUUAAUACUCGGAGACUCAUUUUCCGAUUGCCUCCGGGGAACGGAAAAAACCGUUCACGUCCUACAAUCUUUGGGAUUCCUAAUCAAUGAAUCAAAAAGUCAGCUACACCCCUCACAGACAUGUCAGUACUUAGGGUUUUUAUUCAACAGUCAAACCAUGACAAUUGCUCUCCCUCCGGAGAAACGUCAAAAAAUCCACACUUGGACAGCCGCAAUACUCGAUCUUAUCACACACCAUAAGCGGUGUCGUAUCACUUACCUUGCACAAUAUAUCGGACUUUUGAUUUCCGCUUGCCCCGCCAUUAAAUACGGUUGGCUAUAUACUCGACAACUAGAAAGAGAAAAAUGCAAAGCCCUUUCCCACCAUGCUUUAAACUAUAAAGCAAAAAUACAACUGUCAGCUGUUCUUCUGCCAGACCUCAGGUGGUGGAACACCGCAAUUCGAGUUUCAAAAAACUUUAUUCAGCGAGACGAGUAUCAGCGAAUCAUUUUUACCGACGCUUCUUUAAACGGUUGGGGGGCACACUGCAACGGGGAGAAUACACACGGUUGGUGGAAUGAGAGGGAAAAAACGAAACAUAUUAAUUAUCUAGAAUUACUAGCAAUAUUCUUUGGUCUACAAUGCUUUUGUAAAUCACUCAGAUCAUGCAACAUACUGAUCAGAACAGACAAUACCACCGCGUUAAGCUACAUCAAUAAAAUGGGUAGCGUUCGACACCCAGAACUAGGCGAUUUAGCUAAGAAAAUUUGGCAGUGGUGCGAAAUACGCGAUUUAUGGUUACACGCGGCAUAUAUCCCCUCCAAAGACAAUGUAGACGCAGAUCGCGAAUCACGAACACUCUCCACAGAAACAGAAUGGAGUCUCAAUGAACAAGCUUUCCAACAAAUCGUUCAACGGUUUGGUUGCCCCACCAUAGAUUUAUUUGCAUCGCGGUUGAACCAUAAAUGCCCGCAAUAUGUAUCGUGGCACCAAGAUCCAGGCGCAAUUGCAUGCGAUGCAUUUACUGUCCCUUGGAACUACAGUUCUUUUUAUGCUUUCCCACCGUUCGCUCUCAUCUUACGCACCCUUAACAAAAUAGUCACCGACAAAGCUGAGGGAAUAGUGGUAGUGCCGCAUUGGCCUUCGCAACCAUGGUUCCCAUUUUUCGAAAGACUGUUGACUAGCCCAGACACCUCACCCGCUUGCAGCCAACCUUACCCUGGUGGCAGGGAAAUUAUCGGGGAAGGUUUACGCCUAAAGGGAAUGCCACCAGCUGCUAUCACCACGGCAAUAGCGUCUAUUGCUCCCAGCACCUUAAGACAAUAUAACGUCAGCUACAAGUUAUGGUGGAGAUAUUGUUCCGAAAAGGGAAUUCCUGUUUACACCACCCAAACAGAGGCGGUAAUCACCUUCUUACAACACUUGUACACAAAAACGAAUGCUGCUUAUGGCACCUUCAACUCCCAUCGCUCGGCGUUAGCUCUCAUCCUGCCCGGCGAUGUUGGAAACGACAGUAAUCUAAGAAGGUUUCUCAAAGGCAUAAAACGAUUGAGGCCCCAAAAACCCAAAUAUCAAACGACUUGGGACCCCAGUCGUGUUUUAGAACACCUGAAAACGUACUUCCCCCAUCACCCUCUCCCCCUCAGCCUUUUAUCAGCGAAAUUAAUUACCCUACUAGCGUUGAUAACAGGGCAACGGCUGCAGGCACUGCAUCUUAUCAAAUUGUCUCAGAUUGUUGGAGACGAACAAGGCUUUAAAAUUUUCAUUGAUGACACCACGAAAACUUCAAUUCGCAGCGGGGAACACCCGUGCCUGCACAUUCCAUACUUCCUCGACCAACCAGCGAUAUGUGCGGCAACCACGCUCACGGACUACAUGGACGCAACCAAAACCCUUCGGAAAAACGACGAACAGGCGUUGUUUCUGUGUGCGCGGAAACCACAUCACCCAGCAUCAAAACAAACCCUUAGUCGUUGGAUCAAACGUACAUUGGAAAAAUCGGGGGUAGACAUAUCAAUCUUCACGCCCCAUUCCACGAGACAUGCUUCGAGUUCUUCAGCAAAACGAACUGGGCUGUCUUUAGCCAUCAUCAACAAAACUUGUGGGUGGUCGAAUACCUCCAAAAUGUUUGCAGAAGUCUAUAAUCGACCCUUGCGGGACACAUUCGCCUUCGGGCGAACAAUUUUACAGACCGCAAAACUUUAA